CCUCUUUUCCUUUUUUCACAUACCCAUUAUCUGACCUUAAUAUAUUUACUAUCUUAUUGCGCUCACGGAACCUAAUUCAGCAUGUCCAGCAUCAUUCCUACAGACAAAAAGCAGCUUAGAGCCUGUCUUCUAUGCUCGCUCAUCAAGAAACAAGAACAGUUCUUUAAACAUGGAUGUGAUAAUUGCGAAUCGCUCUUGGAGAUGAGAGGACAUAUGGAUAGAGUUAUGGACUGUACCAGUCAACAUUAUGAUGGGGCUAUCGCUGUCAUGCAGCCUUCGGAGAGUUGGGUUGCCAAAUGGCAGCGUAUUGAUAAAUUCGAAAAGGGAAUCUACGCAGUGCAGGUCAUGGGGCGCUUACCAGAAGAUAUUGAGGAUGAUUUGGAAUCAAAGGGCAUCAAAUAUCGACCAAGGGAUGGAUCCGCUAGAGACUAAACCCGAAACCAUACGAAUUUUUUGCCUGGAACACCUUGAUGGAACAACCAACAACAAACAUUUAAACAAACCUGUACAAUAAUAGAAUUAAACACUUUUAUACUAAAGGAUUACUUUU